CGCCUCCGUCUACAUUGAGUUUCACUCUCGACUCUUUUUAUUGUUUGUUGCUCGCUUCGUUCUGCUUCCGAUCGGCGGUUGUAGGCCAGAUCGUCGAACAGACUGCUAUCGCGACACUUGGCCGGCGCUAAACGAUAAGACUUUGAAUUUUAAAGAAAGAAUAAAACGCUUUUGUAGGCGAGCGAUAACGAAAAUAAAAGGCAGAGAUGACGACAAUCGCAGCACCGUGACCCAGAUUCGCGCCUUAUUACACAAGUGACGAAUAAACACACUAAAGAGAGAGAGAGAGAGAGAGAGAGAAAGAGAGGGAGCACGGAAUUAUUCAAAUUUGCCCGCUCGCGCGCAACUGCGGCCGAGAAGCUUAGAUAACAAGCACAUGAUCGUUGCGAAUGAAAUUGGUAUCAUCGGUGAUCUUAUAGGCUGCGAGAUGGGCGAUGGACAGUGACAGAGACUUUUUUGCGAUCGGUAACCCGUUAAGACAUUUUUCGAAUCGAGUCAUGCAUCUGCAACAACUAUCCGGUGAAUCAUGGAGAGAGAAGACAAUAACAGUCGGAUGCAAACGGCUGAAUAAAUAGCGUAUCAAGGGCAAUCGAAUGAUGCAGUUAGUUGUUCGCGCCCGCUCGGCCCGCUGCGGUGCCAUUACACUCGACCGCAACAGCUGAAUACCUCGGCUACAGCCAUGACGCCGACUGAGCUUCGCGGAAGACAAUUCAAUCAGGGACGCUCCCAAGCUGCUCCAAAAUAAUAUCCGGAGUUUGGAAUUACACCUGAGCUUGGCGCGUGAGAAUCGAAAGCGAGAGAGAGAGAGAGAGAGAGAGAGAGAGAGGAUAAGAGCUGCAUCAGAGAAAAGGAGAAAAAGGAGAAAAGGACGAGUCGAAGCAUGCCGUGGAUAAAGUGUUUGGGCGGCGGAGGCGGCAAGACUCGGCGAGGCAAGCCACUCAGCGUCAGUCAGCCGAUUCAUCUGCUUGUGAAGAGCGACUUUGAACCACAAUGUCACGUUUUCCGUACAAAACGACUGCGCAAGCCCCGACCGUGUCAGCUCUGUCAUCAGGCGGUGAUAAAGCAGGCAUCCAGUUGUCGAGUGUGCAAAUACAUCUGCCACAAGGCGUGCGAAGAUAAGGCCGCGAGGUUCAGAGACACUUCGCAGCAGAUCCACAAGCAAUGGCAGGCGGACCCGGCGCGCGCCUUCCCGACCGUCGGCAACGUCAGCAGCGGCAGCCUCGGCGCGCAGACGCAGCAACAGCAGCUCAAGCCAGCGGCCGCCAACGGCAACGGCGCGGCGUUGACAGCUGACGCCGUGUCGUCCACGCCGAACUCCACGCCGAGCCCCAGUCCCAGCCCCGAUAACAGUCGGAGUCUCACGCUCAAUGGUAGCCACGAUACGCAGCCAAAGAAUGCCAAUAGCCUGGCGAGAAGCAAGCAGCAGGUGAGCAAAAUUCACAGUCCGGUGCACACGCCGACGUCGAGGUCGCAGCGAACGCCAGGAGUCGGCGCGGACGCACCGUCGCACACGCCCUCGAAAUGCAGCGGCAGCAGUGUGAACGGCGGCGCGGGAGGUGGCCGCGGUGGCCGCGUGAGCGAGGUGAUGGAGCUGUGUUACGUUACCGAGAGGAUAAUAGCCCUCUGGUACAGGGAAGACGCACGCGGGGUCCUCGAGCACGCGACGUCUCUGCUGCGCGGCAAGCACGCCGAUAAUUACAUGAUGUUCAACCUGUCGUCGGCGGGACGGCCGCACGAGAGCAACAUCCGGGAGGUGGGCUGGCCGCAGGGACUGGCGCCCAGUCUCGAGAGGCUGUGCGCCCUUUGCAAGGAGCUGGACUCCUGGCUGAACGCGGCCUCCAACCGCGUGGUCGUUCUUCACGCGAGAGGAGGCAAGGAACGCCUGGGCGUAGCCGUAUCCGCAUACAUGAACUACAGCAGCAUCUGCGGGGGCCGCGACCAGGCGCUCGACAGGUUCGCCAUGCGCCGCUUUCUCGACGACAAAAUCGGCCCACUUGGCGUCCCCUCCCACAGAAGGUACAUCGAGUACUUCAGCGGUCUGCUGGCGGGCUCGCUGCGCAUCAGCCCGUCGCCUCUCUACCUGACGCACCUCACGGUCCUGGGUGUGCCGCUGUUCGAGCCCACUGGCUGCCGAGCCUUCUUCAAGGUCUACGAAGGCCUCACGCCAGUCUUCACCUCGGACCUCUACUCGGUGACCAACGCACGCGAGUUCACCGUCAACCUGGGUGGACUGAGGCUCCGGGGCGACAUACUGGUCAAGUGCUACCACAGGAUCUACUCGAAUCAGGGCCGCGAGGUCAUUUUCUCGCUGCAGUUUCACACGUGCGUGAUCACGGAGAACGUCGUCUCGUUUCCCCGCUCGGAACUGGACGUGGCAUGCGAGGACCCGAGGUGUCCGCCCGACAGCGUGGUCACCCUCUACUUCGCCAACGACGCGCGCCGCCUGGACGGGCCCGUGCCGGCGCCCACCCCUGCGGUGCCGCACGCCUCUGCCCACCACGACCCCAUCCUCCACUGGGACAGCUACACCAACCUCGAGCUCAGCGACGACGAAGGCCGUGAAACGCCCUUGUCGCCACCACCAGCCUCGAGCUCGUCGGCGCAGACGUCACCCAGGGGACUGGGCUACACCUGUGGGCCAAUCGAUGGCUCGCUUUACGCCGUGGUCCAGCAAACCGGUAGCUCCGGCAACCGGGAUGCAGCAGCAGCUCGCAACUCACCGCUGACUGUGUCUAUGGACAGUGGCAUCAGCAGCGCACCGCCGCAGAGAUCCAGUCCUCCGGACCCGCAGGAAGCCGAGAACCAGCUGCAUGGAGACCUCGACAAGCUUCUGCAGGAUAUGAUGCUCACUGUUGAGUCCAUGCCAGAUCCGCCGAGCGAAGAGUACAAUCGAACGACUAGAAGUGGCUCCGCGAAACUGUGCGUAGUGGAGCAGCCGCGCAGCUACAGCACCCAGCCGAGCAGCCCAUCGACCUACUCGACCCUCAAAGACUCUUACCGCAGCUACAACAGCAGCAGCAGCGGCAGCGCGAGCAGCAGCACCGUCAAGGAGUCCUCGCCGCCCUACAAUUCCAGUAGCAACUACAGCACGCUCAAGAUGCGACCCUCCUAUGACGCCGUCGACUACGAGCGAAAAGCCGCCAGUGCCGCCACCACCGCCGACUCGUUCUCGCCCCCGGGCAACAUCGACUACAUCGACGAGGACAUACCCUACCACGCGCGACAGACCAGCCAGCCGUUCUCUUACGGAGCCACCAACGAGAUGAUCAAGCACCAAAAGCUCUCCUCGCCGUCGCUGGUCAGGAAGGCCACGGCCACCAGGCAGACCAGGCCCGGCGCCGCGCCAGUCGUCGAUCUUGACGACAUUCUCGGGGAGAGCAGCGGCGCCAGUGCCAGCGGCAGGAGACCCAUCAGCCCGAUGCAGAGCAACACACCCGACCCGCCGCCCGAGUUUGCCAACGGAUCGCCGGGCGUCAAGUCGCCCAGUCCGGAAGCUGCCGAUGGAAUGUCCUGGCUGAAGCAGCAGCAAAUGAAGCUGGCGGCGAGACGAGACGAGCGCAGCCCGGCCAAACUCUGGCGCCAGGAGAACGGUAACCGGAUGAUCGGCGAGCUGCGCAACGUGCAGCGCUCGCGGCUCCGCCACGACGGAUACGCCAGCGACUCGGCUGUCCUCGACGACGACGACGACGUAUGGACGGUCAACUCCAUAUCGGCUCGAUCCAACAACACCUCGGCGCCGGCCAGCCCCCUCUUGCCGCAGCGCUCGAUCAGCCGGAAAUUGAACGGAAGCGUCGUCGGCGCUGCGGGCUUCGGCCAGGCCAUCAGGCCGCGAGCCGAGAGUGUCAACGAGCGAUCCUACGGGCCUAAACGCGCCUACGAGUUCCGCAAGUACAGCGACAGCCACAAUCCGCCGCUGCACAAGCACGCGAAUGGCAACGUCAACGUCAACGGCAACUGCAAUGGCGACGGCAACGACAGCGCCAGCGGCAUCGCCAGCCCGCCGAUUCCGCCGCGACCAGAGUCGCGGAGCGACAGCUUUGCGCGCACAGAGUCGUUCUUGCGCGAGCACGGUCGACUGCUCGGCAGCAGCCUGAGUAACCACAGCAACGGCACCGCCAAUGGAAACGGCAACCACGUGGCCUUCGACCUGGACAGCGUCACCUCGUCGUCGCGCUACCCCUCCAGGCCGGAGUCGCGAAAUCAGUACCACGUCGGCGCGGCCAACGGAUACAAAAAGGACCAGGGCCUGCUCUCGAUGCUCGACCAGCAGCAGUCCGAGCAGCACCGAUACCACCACCAGCAGCAGCAACAGCACCAACUGCAGAAGAGCGCCAACGACUCGGCCGAUCCUCUCGUGAGCCUCAUUCAGUCGCUGGCCGAGAUCAGGCCGCUUUCGGAAUCGCUCGUAGCACCGGCUCACGCCGGCAUUACUAGCACUACUAACGGCUCGCAUCAGCAACCGUCGGCCGGCUAUCUUACGGCCGGCAACUGCUCCAUUAACACCUACACCAUCCCUAACCACUCGUCAAAAGCAUGGCAGAGUUGCACUACACAGUCGCACAAUGACUCGCCGUCAUCGUGGACCGAGAGGAGCGUCAGUCCAGGAAGCACACAAGGCGUGGUCGGAGGCAGUGCGUCGAGACCGCAGACACCUGCGUUCCCCGUGCACCCACGUACCCCCUACGUGAACAACGCCUCGCCCAGCGUCACCUUUGCCUCGGAUCGCAUCUCGCAUCAGCAGCAGCUCGCUACUUCCAACAAUCUCAAUCACAAUCACGCGGUUGCUCUCAGCUACGCAAACAACAACAACAACUUCAGCGAGAACAACAACAAUUAUGCUGUUGACAGGGCGAUCUUUAUUGAAGAGCGCAGAGACGUCAGAGAGACGGGGCUUCCACCCAAGAGUCCUACAACGCAGCGACGGUUGAGUUUUCCGGAUAGUGGCUCGGUAAUCGAACCGCGUAACAAGCGAUGGCUACUCACUAAGCAAUCGGCGUCAUUCGACUAUAGCAAGGACCGGCCUGUCUCUCCACUGGACGGACUGAUAAGUCACAACUCGUAUGGCCGAGGUCCUGGCACUCCUACUCAUGCCGACUAUGGACAGACUCCAAAGAGCGCGGUAUCUUACACCUCUAUAAGCAGCGCUGGUGGACACUCGUCCUCGCAACUUCAGUAUUACGGAUCCCGCAGAUCGAGUGUCCAUUCAAACACGGAGCCACAUGAAGUAGCCGAUGCAAACGUCAAGUUCGUCCGCGAUACCAGUAAAAUCUGGUACAAGCCCAACAUCUCUCGCGAACAAGCCAUCGCGAUGCUGCGCAACGCGCCGCCAGGAAUGUUCGUCGUGCGCGACAGCAACUCCUUCCCAGGAGCCUUCGGCUUGGCCCUGAAAGUGGCGACGCCGCCGCCGGGAGUGCCGAGCAGCCCGAAGGAUCCGUCGAACGAGCUGGUGAGACACUUCUUGAUCGAGCCCACCUCGAGGGGCGUGCGGCUGAAGGGCUGCGCCAACGAGCCCGUGUUCAGCUCGCUGUCCGCCCUCGUCUACCAGCACAGUCUGAUGGCCAUGGCGCUGCCGUGUCAGCUGCUGCUUCCCGAAGCGGAGGCCGCCGCUCGCGUCAUCGAGUCACAGGCCGGCAGCAGUCCUCAGCAGCUGCUGGCCCAAGGAGCCGCCUGCAACGUGCUCUACUUGUUCACCAUGGACACCGAGUCGCUGACCGGCCCGCAAGCCAUCAAGAAGACCAUCACGGCGCUGUUCGAGCAGACGCCCAGGCUCAGCGCGACCAUCGUGCACUUCAAGGUGUCCACCCAGGGCAUCACGCUCACGGACAACACGCGCAAGCUGUUCUUCCGCCGACACUACCCCACCAACAACAUCAGCUACUGCGGCCUGGACACCGAGGAGCGCACCUGGGAUUUCCGCGCCGAGAACGGACGAGCCCUCAGCGAGCACCGCUGCUUUGGAUUUGUCGCGCGCAAGCCGGCCCACAAAUCGGACAACCAGUGCCACAUAUUCGCGGAGCUCGAGCCCGAGCAGCCAGCCACGGCGAUCGUCAACUUCGUCAACAAGGUCAUGAUGAGCAGCGCCCACGUCAAGGCCAACAUCGUCUGAGAGUGGCGAUAACGGCGAUUUUUUAAGGCCUGCUCACUCUGACACGUGCUCGACCCUCGUCCUUCCCGCCCUCCGCCCUCGCCGAAAACGCAUUUCGGAGCAGUAGUCUGGCGCUGGUUCGCACUCGGCUCACGAGUAACCUAAUUAUCCGGACUUCCAGCGUCUCGCUGAUCUUCCUACAAUUUCGAACGAACCUUUACAAUGCGCUCGCUAAACAAGACUUACCAUGAAAAUUACACCCUACGUGUUCCGCAUUACCUCCACGUAAAGAGUAACAGUAGUCUAUGAAAAUGAAAAAAAAUCGUCGUUGUCAGUUGUCCACCAACACUGAAGGUGUACUGAGACUGCGCAUAAAGUAUAACUAUCACGACAACUCUGCAUGCGCUCGUGUACCGUUGUUCGAUAGUCGCGAGGUGUAUCGCCAUCAUUCUAACGAACCUUAUGUUGGCAGUUGCAAGUAGUCAUUAUGUAUACCCGUAAUGAUUAAUAAUGUAGAGUAACGUACGUCCUAUCGUACUGUUUUGUUAGGGUAGCUGUAAUAUCUAUGGGAGGAGCUGAACAGAAAAGCAAUAUUGAAAACUGUAUAUAACACACGAGCCUUAUGUAAGAAAGGUAGCGGUAAUGUGACUGAGAAAAAUAGAGACGCCAGCGUUGAUUCAAUUGAACAGCCAUAAUAAAAAAGUAAGUUAUUGUAGGGACAACAAGUCGAACCAUUAGUUUCACAGGUUCUUUAUGGUACGAUUUUGUGAAAUAGUGGUGAAACGCUUGCUUUUAACUUUAUUUGUAAAAUAUUUAGAGGAAUCGAUAGAGUUAAUAUAUAAUGUGACGAUCUUGUAAAAUAAACAAUUUAAGUUGUGCCUUAUAAAUAAUAUAUUUACAUUGUAGACAAUGAAUAGAAAACCUUGUGUAAUUUAUGACGUUAUAAUUUUCAAAUCCGAUUCUUAGUCAUAAACUGAGAUGAUCUAGUGCUAUAAUCUACCAGAUUCAAAUUUAAACGAUUACUUGAAGUAUUCUCAUUAGCAAUCUGUUUUCUUGACAAAUCGAGCGGGAAGCACACGAAUCGACACCGUUGUGUCAAUAACGAUGAGCCACUUGCAAGCUUGUACCCGUGGCGAGACUAUCAUGAUAUUUUCUCGGGUUCUUAGGACUGCUCGAGAGAAAGAGAACUAUAGUAUCACAAGUAUCUCUAGAUAAUACCACUAGACUCUUGCCAUUGUUAGUACUCUAUCCUGUUAGAGUUGACGUAGCAUUAUUGACAUCCCCGUUUCGAUUGCCACGGUUCACGGUUUCGGGACAAAGGAAGACAAGAAACACACGAAUCUCAUUCUCAGUCUAAAACUUUGAAAAAUAUUAUCAACAGUCAAUUAAAGGAUAAAUUGUAGGUACGACAAUAUUUUCGACGCGUUUGCAUAGAAAACGCGCGCUUCCUCGUUUAUUUAUUUUUUUAUUGCUUUUGUGAAAUCAUCGUUGCCAUCAUUAUUCAUUGAUUUAGGGAUGGACGAAAAUUGUUUUGCGAUACUAUAUGCGCACUAGUCAAAAUUCAAGCAAUAAUAACGUCCGGUCACUUUUACUUGUAUAUGUAUCUCAACUGUAACAUAUUAGUGCUUUACGUGAAUAAUAUAUGUAUAUUUUUAUAGUUUUACGACGUAAAUGAUGAACUAUUUUGGACAUUAUUGUCGGCCUGUCGCUCGACUUCAUUUUUACUGUGUAACAUUUCCUUCUGCCUCAGUCCACACGUAUUACUAACAAUAAUUUUAUUGUAUUUUUCUUGUAAUUUUAUUUCAGUCAUUAUUGUAAUUAUUCAUAAUAUAAUUAUGUACGCUUUAUUCGAUAUAUGUUUGUGCCACGAUUUUAUUGUCGUACAAGAGUAUAAGUAUACAGCAUAAUUCCAUGUGUAACAAUAAAGUAUAUU